AUGGGUUUGGUAGACAAGGCGCUGGAGACCUUCAAGCAUUGGAUAAACUUGGAGGUAGAAGACUACAAUCAUGAGGAGACUGAGGCGUCACGAGAGAUCUACAAGCUCGCAAGACAGCAACACCAAACAGCAGCCAAAUCAGACUCACCAACAAGAAGCAGGCCAAAGACUGUUGCCACUGCAAACCCAGUCAACAAACAAGCCAAAGAACUUGAGAAGGAGACAGACAAAGCUAGAAUCAAAGCAAAAAAGGAAGAGUCCAAAGCAAAGGAAAAGUACUAUGAUGAGUUGAUCCAGCGCCAUAAUGCCAAAAAAGCAUCACUCACCCAGCAAUUCGAGUCAAUCUUUUCCAACAAAGGGAUCAAAAGAGAGCACUACCAUGGUGGCAAAUUCAACGGAGUAAACUGCAUUCGCAUAAUGGAGAAGUCACAAGAACUGUUCCUUGGCUCUGACAAUGAAGAGGGAUUCCUCCAGAGAUGCCUUGAGGCCAAGAUAGCAACCAUCAGUACUGACACGAUCACAACAAAGUGCCAAGAAUUUGCGCGACUCUUUGCUUUGCUUGAUGCCAUUUGGUCCACUGUGACGGGCUUGGAUGCAGGUCUUUUGCCCACCAAUGAACAAAUCCAAUACCUGGAAAAGCUCUGGUGGAAUGCAAGAAACUUUGGCUCGCAAUGGGACUCUCGACUCUGCAACCAAAAUGGCAUCUCACGUUUGAUGGGCAUCUCUUACACCAAGUCAAGACUUUUGGAGGACUUGCGGACAAGGCUGAUGACACCAUUGAGAAAUUCCACCAAACUUUGA